CGCGUGAAGAAAUGAAGAGAGUGAUGGGGUCUCUUGCUGAGCUAGAGAGAUUGCAAACCGGAAUCCUUCACCGCAUAUCACACCUCGAGCUCUCUUACUUACCCCAUUCUCUCUCCCACUCCCUCUCUCUCUCCGAUUCCGAUGACUCCACCACCACUCAUGGCCGCCUCUCCGCCAUCCUUGCUGCUAACGGAGUUCGAGACUUCUCCUUCAAGCGCGUCCCCUCCGAUUACUACGACUGGACCCUUGAAGCCCGGCGAGAUGUCCUCGGCGCCUCCUCCAUUCACCAUCUCUGCAAGAGCAUUGUUUUGGUCAAUACUCAAGCUCCCGCAGAUGUAACUGACUGCAGCAAUCGAAACAACUCGAAGUACUAUGUUGUUGUUGUUCAGUAUACUGCUCGCUUCAAUGCUGAGACGGUCAAGAACUUUUUGUAUACACUAAAUGAAGGCAAGAUAUCGAAAAAGAAGUUCAAUAUGAGGCUUGCACCGGAAGAAACAUCGAUGAAGUUGACUGGUUAUGAACGCAAUGGUGUAACCUGUGUUGGCAUGAAAACUGAUAUACCGGUGAUUUUAGAUGAAGCAAUUGUGAAGCUAAAUCCAGAUUUCUUCUGGUUGGGAGGUGGUGAGGUUGAUCUCAAACUGGGGAUCAAGACUACGGAAUUCAUUAAUUACACAAAGCCAUUCAUUAUUAACUGCAGCGGCAACUGAUUUAGUAUCCCUCUAAAUCAAUCUGAGAAGGUUGUGCCCUACCACUGCUAUUUACUAUUUACACAUCUUCUCAUAUUACUUGAUUUAGUUUUGACGAACGAAAAUCAGUUUUUACGGGCAUCAAUGCUCGAUUCGUGACUUCAUUCAUGGCUUCUUUCAUCAUAUUGGGAUAUUAGCAUGGUAGAGAAGAUGUCACUGAAUUCUAGGACAAGCACUGUUGGGGACUGAAAAUGCUGGUUAAUAAAACAAUUUUGCUUCUCAUUGAGUAAGAAUUUCAGGUAUAUUUAUCUCUCUUAUUGUAAAAAACAUUUUAUAAUGAUGAGACGUAGUUGAGUUUGUUGGAUGCU